ACAGCUGGCUCACAGUUAAAUGUGUGAACCGUGGACUAUGCUCCUCCAGUUUCUCGUUACCUGUACUGCUGGAAGCAUCUCAGAUCCUUGGAGUCAGCUUUGUGGACUUUCAUCUGUCAGUGGGUCCAUUAAACUUCGCUCUCAGAGUCGGAUCAAACGCCUGAUUCCUGCUGCUUCCACCUUGGUUGUCCAGGAUGCAGAGAAAUUGAUGUGACCUGUGGAGCAGAUUAACAGUUGCAUCUUUCUGCUGCUGUUUGCUCUGAUAACACACCCUCCACUUACAUACUCAUGCUGUGAUCACAUGAAUGACUAACGCCUUCUCGGCUAUCUUGCAUCAUCACCACUCUAAUCUCUCUGAGGUUGGGUUUGGAUUUAGAAAUCUGCGUUGGAAGCUGUCUAGACAUUAAAGUGGAAGCUUGUUUGUGUUGAUAGAUAAUUGCUGGCUUCCAGGGGCACGCUGGGGAUUAACAUGUGUAGCCUUCUUUAGACCUCCAGCAGCCAGCGAGCCAGUAAGAUGCAGCUACAACUGUGCUGACCAGCAGCAGCUCAAAAAGUCACAACACUGGACAGCUGACGGGCUGCAGCCUGGAUGUGAUGCUGGGUCGGUGGGUAAACCUGCUUCGGUGUGCGAUGUGUGGACCUGCCUUCCCCCUGUGUGUGCUGCUCUGGAUCGUAGGAACCAUCUCUGCAACGAAAGGUCAGGUCGUAGCUCCUGCCAGUCUGACAGCAGAGGCGGGGCGUCCGCUAACCCUCAGCUGCAACUUCACCACAGCGGCAGGCGACUCCAUCCGGCAGGUGCGCUGGCUCAACAGGGACUCCAAGGUCCUGCUGGCGUACGAGCCCAGCAAGCCGGUCCGCGUCAGCCACCAAGAGCCCAACGUGCAGCUCACCGCCUCGCACAACGACGCCAGCUACAUCACCAUCAACAGGCUGCGGCCAGAUGACGGCGGCUGCUACCGCUGCAUCUUUGACGUUUACCCCAGAGGGCCGCAAGAAGGCUCCACAUGCAUCAGCGUCACCGGAAAAGUGCACCUGGAGGGCAAUAAGACUGCUGUCAGCGGGAAGCCCACCACCCUGUCCUGCUGGUACAGCCUCCCCGACAGGGUUCGCCAGGUGCUGUGGAGGAAGACGGCCGAGCAAGGCGACACCACCACCGUGGCCUCGUACGCCAAACACGGCCACCGCGACACAAGGGAGCAGUUCAAGGGUCGAGUUAGCCUGAGCCGAACCCUCGGAGACACCCAGCUGACCAUCCAGCCGGUCCGGACCGAGGACGAGGCCUGCUACACCUGCGAGUUCCACACCUACCCGGAUGGCACCAGGAGCGCCACCGCCUGCCUCUCUGUUUUUGUUUUACCCAAACCAGAGGUGAGCCAGGUCACCUCACCUGCUGGACUCACCGAGGCCAACUGCACCGCCCAGUCCAGACCUGCAGCAGAGAUCACGUGGAACGUCGGCGGGGAAAACAAAACGCUUGGACCGCCCAUUUUGUCGACCUACGAUCAGGGCGACGGCACGACGAUAGUGACGAGCACACUGUUCUUCCAACCGGGGAUGCUCAGUGACCUUAACGUUAAGUGCAUUGUGCACCACCAGGGUUUGGACAAACCUGUGACACUGUCGCUCAACACAAAUGUGGGUCCAGCUAUGGUCAUCCUGCUGUCGGUGUGUGGCGUAGCAGCCGUCCUCCUCCUCUGCCUCUGUGUGUGUCUCUGCAAGUGCUUCAUCUGUACCGACGACUGAUUUGGUGUCGGCUGCUUUGAUGAAGGUCCAGUGGAGCUCAGAGCCUGACCUAUCUGCUCAGCACCGUGGCCUCCAGCUCAGUGUGCAGAGGAAGGACUGAGUCAACGCUUCUGCUUCCACGAGCUGAGCAAAAACGAACACAUUUUCUACAAAGCAAACACAAAUAAAACCACAUUAUUUAAUGCUAGAUAUUACACUAACUUUAGAGCAGCCACAUUGAUUGGAGUGGAGUUAGGUUUGUCUAUCUUGUUGCACAGUGGAGGUCCAGUGUUGGGAUAAAACAAUGCUUUCUGCCCUGUACAGGUUCUAAUAGCAAACUUUGAUCGGUUCGCUGAUCAGAACACUGUGAUAAAUUGUAUAUAUGUUUUACAUUUUUGGUUAAUAUUGGCUUCAGUAGAGUUAACUUAAAGAUCCCAUAUAGUAAAAAUGGAUUUUCUGUGUUUUGUGUUUGUGAUAAACUUAAAUUAAAAGCUGUUACAAUAUGGAGAAAUUCCCUUCUGCUAUUCCUCAAGCCCCCUUCCAAAAAAAACUAAAUGGCCUUCUAGCUUUAGAAGCUAGUAAUAAUUUUACUGAGCUGCUACGAGCCAACUGAGGAACCGAUAGCUCCAAUAACUCAAAGUUGCUGCUGCUUCCAGAUGAUUGAUUCAGAAUGAGCUGCUUCCUCAUAGUCCUCCAGGUUUAUUUACUUCCUCAAGGUGCUCAUGCUAACUCUAAAAUGUUUCAGCCUCGAGCAAAAUGCACCAAAUGUUCUGUUGUUGGCUGUAAGAGUGAACACAAGAGUAUUUGUACACUCACAGCACCUAGGGAAGACACAGUGGAGAAAUCUUACUAUUAAUGGCGAUGUCACGACAGUCCUUAGGGCACUGUGCGGCUAAUGUGGCUAACAUUGCCAUUAGUUUAAAUGCAUCCCCACAGGUCAGAGAAAGAAAGUCCUGGUCUCAUGGACUGUGUCGUUUCUCUGCCUUCAACUGCUUUUCUCAGCACUGUCAAUCAUAGACGCAGAGAGAGUUUUCUUCCUGAAAGAGGCGUGGACAGCCGAAGCUUAGCUGAAGCAGCUUGUUGCAGAAUGGAGCUAAAACCAGGAGUCAUGGUGAAAUGAACAGUCUUUGCAGCAUUGUGAGCUUAAAAUGGAAAUACGAAUUCUGGGGUAGUCAUGUAAUUUAUUUCAGCAGCUGAAAAGCGGAACAAUGUGAGACCUUUAAAUUAAAAACUAAAUUACUUAUCAGCAGGGGACUGAUUAGCUACCAGUCCAAUACACACUUUUUAUAUUUUUCAAAGCUUUUUCUAUUUGGUUUAAAACUAACGACAAUAAUCAAAGCUGCUUAGAUGUCGUUAGAUAAUUUAACGUGCUAAAAGUCACCUAAUCGUCAUCUGGUUAUUGUGCAGCUUCAGUUUGAUCAGAUUUAAUUUAUAGCAGCGCCUGGCAGCACUGCAGGCGUCUUCAGAUUUUAACAAAAAAGCCUGCUCAUUCUUAAAAUUUGAAGCCAAACAAGGAACCAAAAUAACCCAAACUGUUCUAGCUUUGGCUUCUCAUUUCUGAGGAAAUACAUUUUGAGGACCUUCAAAGGGGGCUCAGAACUCAGUACCACAUCAGUUGUUCUUUGACACCGCUUGAUGGCUGUGGGACACCAACAUGUCCGCCACAGAGGGUGUAGCGUCACCUGAACAGCGUCUGCUUGUGGUUGUCAAAUAGAGAAGACAGAUGAUUAAAAGAGAAUCCACUUUGAGUUACAGGAACAUGAGCUCUGAGGCUAAAAUCUGUAGUGAGUCACCCUGAAAAAGAGGUUUGAGUGGGAAAGAAUGAAAGGUUUAUUUAUAGCUGCUGCAGCGGGACGGAGAAGGUGGUCGAGCGGUAACCUGCAUGUGUUAACGCUGCCCCGACCGUUCCCGUGCAGAUGAAGCUGCAGCUGUGAAUCACUGUUUAUAUGUGCGUGAGACAGACUAAAGGUGUUCCUUUCUUUGUGACAUUUUGUGUACGUACGUUUGCAUUGCUGUACAGUAUUCUCCAAACUGAACUGUAGGAAACACCAGUGUUACCUUUUCUUUGGGAAAGUAUUAAUAUACGCCUCUUUGGGCUCUUGUACAGUGUUACUGUCGUUAAUUUUUGUAGAAAAAGUCAAACAUUCUAAUAACGAUUAACCUCAACAUCUUAUUUUAGAGUAAAGCCAGUUAUCUGUAUAUAUAAAGAGAAGGUUUAAUUGUUAAUAAAUACAGUUGCUGAGGUUAAGAAACUAA